GCAAGGGAUGAAUAAGACAUGAAUGGUGCAACAAUUAUUCAUAAAGUUGGUUAAUACAAUGAACAUGAUUAUGAAUUCUAAUAGUUAGCCGUUAUGCAAGUCCGUAGUUAAGUUGAAGUUUACUAUAACAAUAACUGGAAUAUAAAUAAACGUUGAUAUCAUCAAUCAAGUUGAAGCAAGCCACUGACUGCAUCGGUUUGUUCGAAAGAUGUGGAUAUUUGGAAAGAAAGGAGAGUCAGGAUUUGGAGCUUCUUCAACAGCUGAAGAUGUUACUCAAGGAAUCGACGGAACCGGUCUCACAGCCCUUGUUACUGGAGCUUCAAGUGGCAUUGGCUUGGAAACAACACGAGUCCUUGCUUUACGCGGUGUGCAUGUGGUUAUGGCAGUAAGAAAUACAGAAACCGGUAAAAAGGUUAAAGAAAAUAUAAUUACAGAAAUACCUAAUGCUAAGGUUGAUGUAAUGGAGUUAGAUCUAAGCUCUCUUGCAUCCGUGAGAACGUUUGCAGCCGAUUAUUGUUCCUCGGGUCUGCCUUUAAACAUUCUCAUUAACAAUGCAGGGGUCAUGGCUCCUCCGUUCACGCUUUCAAAAGAUAAGAUCGAAUUACAGUUUGCAACAAAUCAUUUAGGUCAUUUUCUUUUGACGAAUCUGUUACUUGAGACCAUGAAGAAUACUUCAAGGGAGCACAAAAAAGAAGGAAGAAUAGUAAACGUGUCAUCGAUGGGUCAUCAUAUGGCAAACAAAGGAAUUUACUUUGAUAAAAUAAACGAUGAAUCAAGUUACAGCCCCUUAUACGCCUACGGACAGUCAAAGUUGGCCAACAUAUUGCAUGCCAAUGAGCUAACAAGACAUUUUAAGGAAGAAAGAGUGGAGUUAACAGCAAACUCGUUGCAUCCUGGUGCCAUAGCAACCAGUCUUUUACGUCAUCACAGCUUUCUCGAGGGUGUAAUGAACUGGGUUGGUAAAUACUUCCUGAAAACUAUCCCACAGGGAGCUGCAACCACAUGUUAUGUGGCGUUACACCCACAAGUCAAAGGGAUCAGCGGCGAGUAUUUUUCAGACAGUAACAUAGCAAAGCCAAGUUCCCUUACUAAAGAUUCUGAUUUGGCUAAGAAACUCUGGGAUUUUAGCCUGAGCAUGGUGGCUCUAUAAUUGGACUGAAUAUAGUGAUAUAUUGUAAGAUUUGCUUAUAUGGUUUCAUGCAUGAGACUUGCAAUAGCAAGGUGCAAUCUUAUUAUCUUUAAAAGAUUUGUAACAUGACAUGUAAUAUUGUAAAUAAGACUUGAACACUUAUUUAAGUUAUUAUCAUCACUGA